UGCUGUGUCAUGGCGGCGCCCACAGAGAGCGAUCCCGCUCGGCGGCCGCGGUUCGGGACCCGGUUCCUGACCGACCCGGGGAGGGUCUUCCUGCACAGUGCGUGGGAUAAUGUGCAAUGGAGUGAAGAACAGGAAGCAGCAGCCAGGAAGAAAGUUGAAGAAAACUGUACUGAAGUUCUGUCUUCAGAAAAAGGAGCGGAAUAUGAGAACAGAGCUAAUGACUACUGGAAUGACUUCUACAAAAUCCACGAGAACAGAUUUUUCAAAGACCGUCACUGGCUUUUUACAGAAUUCCCUGAGCUGGUUCCCAAUUCUAAAUCUUCCCUGUUGGAUCAGUCCAGAGCCACCACAGUGUCAGGUGAUCAUAGCAACAAUGACUCCAGAAACUGCUUUGACGGGAACUCUGAGAAUGUUUGUCGCUCCCCCCAGCAAACUGCAGGAGAGCCAGCGAACUGUACACAGGAGCGGGAAAAUUUUCAGGUUGACACUCUCAAUUUAAAGGAUGGUGAAAGGACGGAGAGACUUGUGGAUGUAACUUCAGGGAAUACAACACAGACAAAAAUGAGUGAGAAGCAAUUACCAGAUACCAGCUACACAGAAACUUCAACAACAUUCAAUAUACUAGAGGUUGGCUGUGGAGUUGGAAAUACUGUGUUCCCCAUUCUACAAACGAACAAUGAUCCAGGGUUGUUUGUGUACUGCUGUGACUUUUCCUCAACUGCUGUUGAACUUGUUAAGCUGAACUCUGGUUAUGACAACUCUCGAUGUUUCGCAUUUGUCCAUGAUCUGUGUGAUACAGAGGCCAGCUACCCAAUGCCAGACCAAAGCCUGGACAUCAUUAUCCUCAUAUUUGUACUCUCAGCAAUACAUCCAGAUAAAAUGCAAGCUGUCAUUAAGAGGCUGAGUCAACUUCUAAAACCAGGAGGAAUGAUCCUCUUCAGGGACUAUGGGCGUUAUGACAUGGCACAGCUUCGAUUUAAGAAAGGUCGUUGCCUAUCUGAAAAUUUCUACGUUCGAGGAGAUGGGACAAGAGUUUAUUUUUUCACAUCAGGAGAACUGGAUGAACUGUUCACAUCUGCUGGCUUAAAGAAGGUCCAGAACCUGGUGGAUCGACGUCUGCAGGUCAACCGAGGGAAGCAACUGACCAUGUAUCGGGUCUGGAUUCAGUGCAAGUAUCGCAAACCCCUCCCGGGAGGAGAAGAAAUGUUCUCGCACUGAUGGGCAGGAUGACUGAACCGAAUUGGGAUCUUGGCCAAUCUCUCUGGUUGAUCCAGCUGAGCUGAUGUGAAGUGAACCUCCUACUCCACAGCUAAAGUCCCGAAGCACAGCAGUUUACUUUCAAUACCCUGGAGGGUGCAGUGAUCAUUCUCACUGAUCGGAGUGUUGAACUGAUCUGUAGGCUUCACAAGCUUCAUCUCCCCUCUCCUCCACCUUCUGUCAGCCAUUAACAUCUGUUCACUUUUAUUUCCCUACUCUCCCCACGGAGUGUGGAACAGCAACUACGUAAAUUCAACUCCUCAACUUGAUCUGCCAUCAAGCUGCUCUUCCAUUCAAUUAUAUCAUAGCUGAUCUUUACCUCAAUCCCAGUUACCAACCAUUGCUUCAUUAUCCCUUGAUACUCAAAGCUAACAAAGGUCCCUUUAAAAUAUUUUGAAAGUUCCAAUUAUCCCAGCAUCCAGGACGUUCUGGAGCAGAGAGAUCCAGAUUUCUACAACCUUCUGAGUGCAGAAAUACUUUACUUUUACUCCUAAAUUGGCUAACCUUAAUUGGAAGUUCUGGAGCAGAGAGAUCCAGAUUUCUACAACCUUCUGAGUGCAGAAAUACUUUUACUCCUAAAUUGGCUAACCUUAAUUUUAAGGUUGUUCCCACUUAUUCUUAAUUACACCCAGCAGCAUGUAAAAGGUUAUCUGAAUCAACCUUUAUAUCAUUUUGGAUAUUUGGAUCCAAACACUCUUCAGACUUUUAUUCGGGAAUAGAAGCCAGUUAUGGUAAAGCUAAUUCUCUACCCACUGGUCUGUUCUACUUUUCUAAUUCCGUAUGUUAAACCACUUUCACAAUGUUAUCUGCUCCUAAUGGAAAGGGUCUGUAUUAACUGUUCACUGUGGACAGUAGCAGCAUUACCCCCUCACUACAGUGGGGUUGACAGUUGAGACUUCAAUAACAAGUCAUGUUGCCUACUUGCACACCUGCCACUAAUCUGUUUCAGAGGCACCAGGACCAGAUCACCCCGCCACUGGGAACUGGCAAAACGGGGAAUCAUGCGCUGUGUAACAAUGCCUCAAAUUGCAGGAGGGGACGGCUGACUGUUGGAAAAGGAUGGCACACAAUGUAGUGUAUUCAGACGCUGCCAGUGCAUCCCCAGAUCCUCUCCCAGCAAUGCUGUUGUACAAGUGGCACAGACAUCUCGUGUACUAUAAGAGUGAAGGUUCAAGAACAAAGGCAAGAGGUUUAAAUGUAUUGUUAGUGUUUUUAAUGGAUUUAAUAAACAUUUAAUUUGUAUAA